CCCUUCUGACCGCCCCCGUCAAAUGUCUCGCGCACCGCGGAAUCCCAUCCGUCCACGCGUCCGACGACCCACGCCACACCAGAUCGCAACCGCCUCGCCGGAACGGCCCCACUUCCCCAUCUCGAACGGAUCGGAAGCAACACGAACCGCCGAUACUGGCUGAGCACCACCCGUCGCCGGCCAUGGAGGCCCCCGCCAUCGCCGAGGACCCAUACUUCCCCAUCUACAUCUCCUCCGACGAGGAUGACGGCAUAUCCUUCAUUGGCCCCUCCUACAACCCCGAGGCGAUCCAGAUCCAGGAGGCCAUCCUCCUCUCCAUCGACUCCUCUCGCGCUCCAUCCGCCAUCGCUUCCUCCUCCUCUCCCUCCGGACCCUCUUCCGCCGGCACCUCCGGAGAAUCUGCCCACGAAUCCCCUCCCGACCGCAAGGGCAAGCGCAAACUAUCAUCGGAAGAUGACCCGAGCGACUCGAGGAAGCGGCGGAAGCGUAACCGCUUCAAGUGCACCAUCUGCAUGGAGAAGGUUCAGGUUUCAGAGCAGUUUCUCGUGAGCCACUGUGCACAUGCCUUCUGCAAAAGCUGCGUCGGGCGGUAUGUCGCCGCCAAGGUCAGCGAGAAUGUUGAAUUGAUAGGGUGCCCUGACCCCGAAUGCGCUGAGGGCUUUGUUGAGAUUGGGCCGUGCCGAGAUAUCAUCCCACAGGAGCUGUUCGAUCGCUGGAGUGUUGCUCUGUGCGAAUUGGCGCUAGGGAAUCAGAAGUACUACUGCCCGUUCAAGGAUUGCUCAGCGUUGCUGAUCAAAGACAAUGAUGGGACGGUGAAAAUCAGGGAGACUGAGUGCCCACACUGCCAUCGGCUGUUCUGUGCCCGGUGUCGUGUGCCAUGGCAUGACGGAAUCAAAUGCAAGGAAUUAAGGAAGCUUGGGGAUGACGAGAAGGGGGAGGUUGAUCUUAUGUUUAAGAAGCUGGCUGACAAGAAGAAAUGGCAGAGGUGCCCCAGUUGCAAGGUGUAUGUCUCGAGGAUUGCGGGGUGCUUGCUCAUGAAAUGCAGGUGUAAACAGUACUUCUGUUACCAUUGUGCUGCUCCAAUGAAAAAAGAUCUUCACUAUUGUAGGAAUUGCAAGCGCUAGUGAAAGGUCAAAGAACUCAGACAGUGUACAUAUGUAUAGUACUAUAACAUCUAAGAAAUAAGUAGAUUGUCAUCUCCUCGAAGUGGGGUUUUGCACAACGUUUAUGACAGUACUCCAGUGAUAGAAUGGAUGCACUGAUCCUUGUCUCUCUGCUUUACAAUGUUUUCUUUUUGUCAAAUUUCUAGCAUGCUGUCAUGGAAUGUUCAGACUGUGAAGCUAGUUUUACUUCUGUUAAUCUGUUAUCAUAGCAGAAAAGCACGACAACAUAUUGCCUGUGA